CCUUGAUUGUCGCUGGAACCUCGGUGACCACCCUGCUCAUGUAUGCCAACCUGAGAGCCACAAGGUUCCCGGCAUUCAUGGCGCUGGUCGCCGUUACCAACGUCUCCGGCGCUCUAGCUGCCCUCUCAGCUCUCGCCGGCACCAUACUGAUCGAGAGAGAAUGGGUGGUGGUGAUCUCGAGCGGCCAUCCUCCGUCGGUGCGGACGGGGAUCAACUCGGUGGUCCGACGGAUCGACCUGGGCUGCUCGUUGCUGGCCCCCGUGCUGUCGGCUCUCGUCAUCAGCCUCGCGUCGACUCAGGCCUCUGCGGCUGUGCUGGCGCUGUCCACCGCCGCCUCGGCGGGGCUGCAGUACUGCCUCUUCGUCUCCGUCUACAACGGCGUGCCCGCCCUCGCCGCGCCAAGACAGCCCAGAGCUUCGGACGCAGAGCGCCCGCCGCCAGUACCGAUGACCGUCGCGCCGGCCGAGGCCGAGCCGACGCAGGCGUUGGAUUGGAGGGCGAGGCUGGCAGAUAAGCUCUCCGUCGCGUCCGGUUGGGAGUCGUGGGUGGUGUACGCGAGGCAGGACGUCGCGCUUCCCGGGGUGGCGCUCGCAUUCCUCUACUUCACAGUUCUCAGCUUUGGUACGCUGAUGACCGCGACACUUGACUGGAAAGGCAUACCUGCAUACGUGAUCAGUUUGGCGCGGGGCUUCAGCGCCAUUGUUGGGAUCGGAGCGACCCUGCUGUACCCGCUCGUGCACUCCCGGGUUACCACGCUCCGGACGGGGCUGUGGUCCAUCUGGAUGCAGUGGUGCUGCCUGCUGCUGUGCGUGGCCUCCGUCUGGGCGGCCACCGGCGUGGCGUCCGCCUGGAUGCUCAUGGCCGGCGUGGCGACCUCGCGCCUGGGCCUCUGGACGUUCGACCUCGCCGUGCUGCAGCUGAUGCAGGACGGCGUGCCCGACCACGAGCGGUGCGUCGUGGGCGGUGUGCAGAAUGCGCUGCAGUCCGUGUUCGAUCUGCUCACCUACGUCGUGGCCAUCGUCAUCUCCGACCCAAAGGAUUUCAGCAAGAUGAUCGUGCUCUCCUUCUCCCUUGUUACCUGCGCCGCAGUCAUGUACACGGUGCACGCCUACCGAGCACAGAAAGCAGCGUGCACCUCUUCCACCUCGACAUGACGUGAUCCUGGAAAAGAAGUGCGAGACUGCAAGGUGUAGGGAUGAAAACUGAGCGGCUUAUGUAUGAUUGAUUGCCUGCAUGGUUUUAUCCUAGACCACUGUAUGUGUUAAUUUUAUCUGAACCUAUGUUUGGUUACUUGUACGUGGAGACACAGACUUAGAGUGGUAAUGGAUCACGAUCCGAAUACCGCUUCAC